AUGCAGUUUGUUAUGAACAGACUAAUUAGUGACAAUCAAAGCGCUUUUGUUAAAGGGAGGUUAAUAAGUGACAAUGUUCUUAUAGCUCAUGAGUUCAUGCACUCUCUGAAAAAUAAGAGGUAUGGAGAGUGGGAUUUAGCUCUGAAGCUGGACAUGAACAAAGCAUAUGACAGGGUGGAAUGGUCUUUCGUUGGGAAUGUCAUGAAGAAGUUGGGUUUCUGUAAAAAAUGGUUAGAUUGGAUUCAGGAAUGUGUGAUGACGGUUUCUUAUUCUAUUACUGUGGAUGGUCAACCUCAUGGCUAUUUUAAGCCAUGUAGAGGGCUGCGACAAGGCGACUCUCUCUCUCCCUAUCUAUUUCUAUUUUGUGCAGAGGGACUCUCCCAUCUGCUCCACAGAGGAGAACAAAGACAAGAUAUUUUUGGAUUGAGACUCAAUCACAGAUGCGCUAGAAUCAGUCAUUUAUUUUUUGCAGAUGACUCUAUCCUAUUCAGUUGGGGCUCAGAAGGAGAUUGUCAGAACUUACUGAGUAUUCUACAAGUAUAUGAACAAGUCAGUGGACAGGUUGUUAACUUAGAUAAAUCUUCAGUCUUUUUCAGCAACAACACUCCAAUUCAGACUCGGGAUCGGUUAGCAGAGAUAUUACAAGUUCCUCAUGUCGGUAAUCAGAACAAAUACCUUGGCUUGCCUUCGGUUGUUCAGAGAUCGAAAAGAGUAACAUUUAAUUACAUAAGAAAUAAGGUAAAUAAAAAACUACAACACUGGAAGAGAGCUCUCUUGUUUUCGAGUGGCAGAGAGGUUUUGAUCAAGGCAGUAGCCACAGCGGUUCCAUUGUACACUUUGAGUUGUUUCAAGCUACCAGACACUCUAAUGGAAGAUAUACAAUGUUUCAUGCUCAAUUUUUGGUGGGGCCAGAAAAGGGACAAAAGAAGAAUACAUUGGAUUGGCUGGAAAAUUACAUGUAGACCGCGGGCUCAAGGAGGACUGAAUUUCAAAAAUUUAAAGGCCUUCAUCCUUGCAAUGUUAGCAAAGCAAGGGUGGAGACUUUUAAAGCAGCCAAACUCCCUAAUAUCAAAGGUGUAUAAAAGUAAAUACUAUAAAUACACUGAUUUCCUAAGAGCAGAAGCAGGGAACAACCCAUCAUGGGGAUGGAAAAGUGUAUUAGAAGGAAGAAAAGUCUUAGAAAAAGGCCUACUGUGGAAAAUUGGAAGAGGUAUCUCAGUAAGGAUCAGAGAAGAUUCUUGGGUCAAGGAAUUCACUACAAUUACUCUUAAUUCUAAUGUCAGACCAUAUCGAUACCAAUUUGGGUUUCAUACCUCAUAUUACCAAACAGACAAUGGAAUCAGAGUAAAAUCAGAGAAUGGUUCAAUCCAAAAAUUUUUCAAGCAAUUAUAUAGACCAAUAUACACAAUGGGGAAGAUACUGUUACCUGGAUGA